UUUUCUUUCUUUUUUUAAUUCUCAGUUGUUUUAUUUAUUUUGUCCAUUUUAGGGCAUGUUAAUAGAAGGUCCCCCAGGGCCUGAAGGGCCUGCAGGACCGUCUGGACCUCCUGGAUCAUCUGGACCUCCUGGUUCUGUGGGAGAUCCUGGAGAGAGGGGUCCUCCUGGUAAAGCUGGUCUGCCUGGGGCUGAUGGAGUCCCUGGACCUCCUGGAACCUCAGUCAUGCUUCCUUUCCGUUUUGGGCAGGGCGGCGGCGAUAAGGGUCCCGUUGUCUCUGCACAGGAGGCCCAGGCAGCCGCCAUCUUGUCUCAGGCUAGGAUGGCACUGAAAGGACCUCCUGGACCAAUGGGAUUCACCGGGCGCCCUGGACCUGUGGGAAGUCCAGGAAGCUCUGGGCUGAAGGGAGAAAGUGGAGAUCCUGGUCCUCAGGGCCCCAGAGGAUCACAGGGGUUGCUGGGUCCUCCGGGUAAAUCAGGAAGAAGAGGUCGUGCUGGUGCUGAUGGGCCUCGGGGAAUGCCCGGAGAGCCCGGAUCUAAAGGCGAUCGUGGCUUUGAUGGUCUUCCUGGUUUGCCUGGUGACAAAGGACACAGGGGUGACCCGGGACCAAUGGGACCACCAGGAUCUCAAGGAGAAGAUGGAGAGAGGAUAUGCACUGAAACAGAAAAACAUCUAAAAUACUUCAGUAAUCUUACUUUGUGUUACUUUAUAUCAGUUUUGUCAGCAUUUAUUCACUCUUGUUUCUGUUUGUAGGGAGACGAUGGAGACGUCGGACCCAGGGGUCUCCCAGGUGAACCCGUGAGUGUUUCCAUGGCAACCAAAGAGAUUUAACAGCUCAUUUAGAUUUUUAUUGGCUGUGCAUAUUUACACAUAAUUUAUUCACAUACCGUAUUUUCCAGACUAUAAGUUGCACUUUUUUUCAUAGUCUGGCUGGUCCUGCGACUUAUAUACCAAAGUGACUUAUGUACCAAAUUAUGUGUACCGUGCUGCUGCGGGCCGGCUCCAGACCAGGAAUGAGCUCCCCUGCCCCGCCAUCACCUGCUGGAGACCGUUGCGCGCUGCUGCGGGCCGGCUCCGGUCCAGGUUUCAGCUCCUCUGCCCCGCUGGGAGGGUUUCAAACACCGCCAUCACCUGCUGCAGCCUGUGGCGUGCGGGGUACUGCGGGCGCUCUCCCCACCCACUGGGAGGGUUUGAAACGCCGCCAUCUUCUGCUGGAGACCGUGGCGCGCAGCUGCGCCCUGAUUGUUUAUUCUGUUAUUAUUACCGGUACUUGUCUUGCAAUGUGAAACGCUUGGUCUCAGAUUUUGUAAGAAAAGUAAUAAAGUUUCCCCCCAAAAUGCGACUUAUAGUGCGACUUAUAUAUGUUUUUUUCUUCAUUAUACAUUUUAUGGCUGGUGCGACUUAUACUGCGGAAAAUACGGUAGUUGAAUUUGAGAGUAUUGUUUUAGACCUUGAGUUUUCCCUGUUACUGAGUUUUAUCUUACCCUAGAUGUGUUUCUGUCUUUGUCUUUAGGGACCCCGUGGUUUGCUCGGGC